AUGGUCAGCUCAAACAUCAGCUUCUUCAGUGAAUUUUUUCUGCUGGGUUUCUCUGGCCAUCCUCUGUUAGAGACAACCCUCUUCAUUAUCACUAUGAUUUUCUAUUUGCUGACUCUGCUUGGCAAUAUGGCUAUCCUUAUUUUGGCUUGUCUGGAUCCCAGACUCCAUACCCCUAUGUACUUCUUCCUUAGUCACUUGUCUUUCAUGGAUCUCUGCUACACCACCAGUACAGUCCCCCAGUUGUUGUUUAACUUGAAGGGCCCAGAGAAGACAAUCACUUAUGGUGGUUGUGUUGGUCAACUCUAUGUGGCCUCGGCAAUGGGCUCCGCAGAGUGCAUCCUUCUUGUAGUUAUGGCUGUUGACCGCUAUGCUGCUAUAUGUCAGCCUCUGCGCUAUGCUGUUAUCAUGCAUCCACGCUUCUGUUUCCAACUGGUGGCCAUGACCUGGCUGACUGGCUUGACCAGCUCAUUGGUACAGACUGUGCUCAUCACUCAGUUGCCCUUCUGUGGUCAUCACCAAGUUGACCAUUAUAUCUGUGAGAUCCCUGUGCUCAUCAAGUUGGCCUGCGUGGACACCACUUUCAAUGAGGCUGAGCUUUUUGUGGCUAGUAUCCUCUUCCUUAUAGUGCCUGUCUCAUUCAUCCUGGUUUCCUAUGGCUACAUUGUCCAAGCAGUUUUAAGAAUCAAGUCAGCUUCUGGCCGACAGAAAGCAUUUGGAACCUGCUCCUCCCACAUUAUGGUUGUUUUUAUCUUCUAUGGUACCAUCAUCUUCAUAUAUCUGCAGCCAGCCAAGAGCAGAUCUAAGGAUCAGGGAAAAUUUGUUUCCCUCUUCUACACUGUCAUCACCCCCAUGCUUAACCCUCUUAUUUAUACUCUGAGAAAUAAAGAGGUUAAAGGGGCUCUGAAAACAGUUCUAAGGAAGAUUCUGAAAAUGAGUUUUCUAUGA